AUUCACUGGAUGCCAAAAAUUGCCGGGUAUGUGGCCUAUGAAAUAUAGCCGUUGGAGAAUCUGAAGAGAAACCGGUUUUUCAACCCAGCCCGUUAUAUGGUGGAAAUGCACGAGAGAGAAAAAAACUAGCCGUUACAGAUAAACAACGAUGACGAAGUAGUCUUCAACUCAGGACAUUGACCCCAUCCCACCCUGACUCUGUCUCCGACCUCAUCUCUUUUCCAAUACAAUAUUUUCUCCCCUGUCUCAACCCACUCAGAUUCUCACAUGCUCAAACCGCCUCAAUUAUUUCUCCCCUCUUAUUUAGCUUUCAUUUCGUUGUUCAUCACCUCUAAAGAUUCUCUCUCUCUCUCUCUCUCUCUCUCUCUCUCUCUCUCUCUCUUUACUACAACUGUAAAGACCUUGAGCUGAACUAGAAAAGCUUUCAGUUCCUUCAUCAUUUGCAUUCACUUAUUUUCUUGAACAUCUUCUUCAACAUUGCAUUUCUUUGAUGUUCAUGGAAAAUAAGUUCUGUCCAUUUCAGAUUAUGCAUGGCUUUAAUAAUUUGUUUGUGUUCGUGUAUGCCUUGCUCUUUGUUCAGCUUCUGGCUCUGACAUACCAACCUGUUUUGGGUCAGCAAGGAGAUAGUGUGGUUGUCACCCAAUCCGAUUACCAAGCACUUCGAGCAUUUAAGCGUGAACUCAUCGAUUUCAAUGGCGUUUUGCGCAGCUGGAAUGACAGCGGCUAUGGAGCCUGCUCAGGUGGGUGGGCAGGAAUCAAGUGCGUCAAGGGACAGGUCAUUGCAAUCCAGCUUCCAUGGAAGAGACUCGGGGGCAGAAUCUCCGAGAAGAUUGGGCAGCUGCAAGCACUUCGAAAGCUCAGCCUCCACGACAACGUUUUGGCUGGCCCUGUCCCUUGGUCCCUUGGCUUCCUUCACAAUCUCAGAGGGGUUUACCUCUUCCAUAACCGGCUUUCGGGUUCUAUACCUCCUUCAAUUGGUAACUGCCCUCUUCUUCAAACUCUUGAUUUAAGCAACAAUUCACUUACUGGUACAAUUCCUUCUAGUCUUGCAAACUCUACCAAGUUGUUCAGGCUCAAUUUGAGCUUCAAUUCACUUUCUGGUACUAUCCCAUCUAGUCUCACCAAGUCACCUUCUCUCACCAUCCUUGCUCUCCAACACAACAACCUCUCUGGUUCUGUUCCAAGUACUUGGGGUACUGGAACAGGAAAUAGAAGCUACCAACUUGCGAUCCUGACCCUUGAUCAUAAUCUGAUCUCUGGAACUAUUCCAAGUUCUCUGAGCAAGUUGGGUUUUCUUGAAGAGAUUUCUGUAAACAAUAACCAGAUUACUGGGACUAUCCCCAAUGAACUAGGGGGGCUCACAAGGCUCCAAAAGCUAGACUUAUCCAACAAUGCUAUCAAUGGAAGCUUUCCUUCUAGCUUUUCCAACCUCUCCUCCCUUGUUUCAUUGAAUCUAGAGGGCAAUCACCUCGAUAACCACAUCCCAGAAGGCCUUGACAGAUUGCAGAACCUCUCAGUACUCAACCUGAGGAAGAAUAAUUUCAGUGGCCAUAUUCCAGCAUCUAUUGGGAAUAUUUCUGGAAUUUACCAAGUUGAUUUAUCUGAAAAUAAAUUCAGUGGAGAAAUUCCUGCUUCACUUGGCAGCCUAGCCAAUCUCACUUCCUUCAAUGUUUCUCAGAACAAUCUCUCUGGCCCAGUCCCAUCCCUCCUCUCCAAAAAGUUCAAUUCCAGCUCUUUUGUGGGGAAUCUUCAGCUAUGUGGCUAUAGCACUUCAACUCCUUGCUCUUCUCCCCCACCUCAGAUUCUUCCAUCUCCACCAACACGGCCUUUGAAGAAAAAGCAUCACCACAAACUAAGUACGAAAGAUAUAAUUCUCAUAGCAGCAGGUGCCCUCCUAGCGGUUCUGCUUCUACUCUGCUGCAUUUUGCUUGUUUGCUUGGUCAGGAAAAGGUCUGCUUCAAAAGGAAAGAAUGACAAAACUGUCAAGCAGGCUGCUGCUGGGAGCACUGACAAGGCGGCUCCUGCUACCACCGGAGUGGAAUAUGGCGGUGAAGCUGGUGGAAAGCUUGUUCACUUUGAUGGGCCAUUUGUUUUUACGGCUGAUGACCUAUUGUGUGCCACUGCUGAGAUAAUGGGAAAGAGUACAUAUGGGACUGCAUAUAAGGCAACAUUAGAGGAAGGUAAUCAAGUUGCAGUGAAGAGGUUGAGGGAAAAGACUACAAAGGGUCAAAAGGAGUUUGAAGCUGAAGCUGCGGCACUUGGGAAAAUUCGGCACCCUAAUCUCCUAGCUCUGAGGGCCUAUUACUUGGGACCUAAGGGAGAGAAGCUUCUGGUCUUUGAUUACAUGCCUAAUGGCAGUCUUGCAUCCUUCCUUCAUGCUCGAGGGCCCGAAACCAUCAUUGAUUGGCCAACAAGGAUGAACAUAGCGAUCGGUGUGACGCGUGGACUCUGCCACCUGCACAACCAGGAGAACAUCAUACAUGGGAAUCUCACAUCCAGCAACAUACUGCUAGAUGAGCAGACCAACGCUCACAUUGCAGACUUUGGCCUUUCCCGGCUCAUGACCGUGGCUGCAAACACCAAUGUGAUUGCCACUGCAGGAACCCUUGGCUACAACGCACCGGAGCUCUCAAAGGCCAAGAAGAGCACAACAAAGACUGAUGUGUACAGCCUUGGGGUGAUCAUAUUGGAGCUCCUGACAGGGAAGUCUCCCGGGGAACCAAUGAACGGCAUGGAUUUGCCCCAGUGGGUGGCAUCCAUUGUGAAAGAGGAGUGGACAAACGAAGUUUUCGAUUUGGAGCUCAUGAGGGAUGUGCCAACCAUAGGUGAUGUGCUGCUUAACACAUUGAAACUGGCUCUGCACUGCGUGGAUCCAUCGCCAGUGGCACGACCAGAAGCUCAGCAAGUUCUGCAUCAGCUAGAGGAGAUUCAGCAGCCUGAGGCAAAUGUUGGCUCUGCUGAAGAAGGCACAGAAGUACCACCACCACCAUCAACAACUGAGUAAAAAGGGUUUGUUACCAUCAUCAACAACAACAACAACAAAUGAGAGUCAGGGUUUUAUUAUUUAUUAUUUUAAAGGAGGGUUUUGUUAUAAAAUUACUUUGUUCACAGGUUUAGGAAGAAGUAGGCA